AAAACGAGUGGCGGUCGAGGGCGGCCAUUGAAAUGAGGGCCCGCUACUCCCCCCUGGCAGUGCUCGCCUCUGUCCUGUGUCUGUGUCAGGGCUUCACCCUGAGGAGCUCGGUGUCCUGGGUCGUCCCCUCCAACGACGUGGUGGAGGACGCCCACCUGUCGGAGGAGGUCGCCCCGGCGUUGCUGGUGGACAGCGCGGGGCUGUGGAACCAGGCGUACCCCGACGUCCUCGGAGACGACGGCGGCCCCGGGGAGCGGGCGAAGCCGGAAAACGAGAACAUGGCGCAGCUUUCCUCUCGCUUGUUUUCAUAUCGGCUGGAGAAGGCGAAGAAGUCCGGCGGCGGCGGCCCGCCCCCCCCGCACCAGGACACCGCCAGGACCGCCAGAUACAUCGCGCACUCCAGUGACUGGGGCCACCUGGCCACCAUUUCAACUCAAGACCAGAUCAAAGGUCUCCCCUUUGGCAACAUCUUCUCAGUCAGUGAUGGAGUGCUGGACAACAGCACCGGAGUCAUCUAUUUCUAUGUGACUCCAAUGGACAACAGUGUGUCCGACCUGAAGAGUAACCCCUACGCUUCGCUCACAUUCUCAGAGGCUGAGGGAGAAUUCUGCAGGCAAAUGGUGUACGACCCGGAAGAUCCAAGAUGUGCUCGACUCACACUAACAGGCAAGAUGGUGGAGGUGGCCCCGGAGGAGCAAGGGUUUGCAAAGGAGGCCAUGUUUUCCAGACAUCCUCUGAUGGCAAAGUGGCCAGUGGGGCACAAGUGGUUCUUCAUGAAGCUUGAGUUAAUCCAGGUCUGGCUGCAGGACUGGAUCGGAGGCAUAUCACUCAUUCCGCUGGAGGACUACUUUAAAGCCUCGCCUUUCUGAGAACACCCCUCCCACUGCAUCAUGCCAGCCUCUACAGAUCUGUUCAGCUGUCUGCCCCACAUACUCGUAUAAGGAGCAAGAAUUCCCAAAUCAGCAAUUAGCAAAGAUUAAUGUUGCUAAUGAAAAAAAUUUAAAGGGAAUAUUCUUCACUUUUUCCCUAUAAAUCUGUUUGGUGUGUGAAUAUAUUUCCAUCGCUAACUUUCUCUUUAAAUCGAAUGAUCACAGUCAUCACAGCUUGCAAAAUUCUACAUCAUUUAAUAUAUUCUUUAUAAACAUUGAUUACUAUUUUAUUGUUUAAGAUAUGUAUGCUGUUUGUAAAAUAAAUGAAUGUCGGCACAAAAUUA